AACAAAUCAAAGGCCAGAAUCCCACAUCAGUGCACCGUCACGCACCCACCCCACCCACCGACGUCGUUUAAAUUCCCCGAAAUUCACUCGUUUUCAAAUUCAAUUUCUUACACUGGUCUUUCUCUCUCUACAAAUUUUUGGGAUCGAACGUUAGCUCGUGACUGAUUCCUCUUCCUAUUUCGUGUAAACGGAAAUUCUAGUCCGCGGUGGACUGUGGUGGUUGCCGAGUCAAAUCGGAGCUGACUUAGAGAUAUGGAGAACCUGAUAUCCUUAGUAAACCGACUGCAGAGAGCGUGCACGGCGCUUGGCGAUCACGGAGAAGAAACCGCGUUGCCCACUCUCUGGGACGCCUUGCCAUCUAUUGCCGUCGUCGGUGGUCAGAGUUCUGGAAAAUCUUCGGUACUUGAAAGUAUUGUUGGAAAGGACUUUUUACCUCGUGGAUCUGGUAUUGUCACUCGGCGUCCACUUGUCCUGCAGCUUCAUCGAAUUGAAGAAGGUAGAGAAUAUGCAGAAUUUGGACAUCUUCCAAGGAAGAGGUUCACUGAUUUUGCUGCCGUGAGAAAGGAGAUCGCUGAUGAAACUGAUAGAGAGACUGGGCGAUCUAAACAAAUUUCUGCUGUUCCAAUUUAUCUUAGCAUUUAUUCACCCAAUGUUGUGAAUUUAACGUUGAUCGAUCUUCCUGGACUUACAAAAGUGGCUGUAGAGGGUCAGCCAGAAAGCAUUGUUAUGGACAUCGAGAACAUGGUGCGGUCUUAUAUUGAGAAGCCAAACUGUAUUAUUUUGGCAAUUUCUCCUGCCAACCAAGAUCUUGCAACAUCAGAUGCAAUUAAGAUUUCUCGUGAAGUAGACCCAAAAGGAGAAAGAACAUUUGGAGUUCUAACGAAGAUUGAUCUUAUGGACAAGGGUACUGAUGCGGUUGAUAUAUUGGAAGGAAAAGCAUAUAAGCUGCAGUUCCCAUGGAUAGGCGUUGUUAAUCGCUCUCAACAAGACAUUAACAAAAACGUCGACAUGAUUGCUGCUAGGCGUAGAGAGCGAGAAUAUUUUGCUCAAACGCCAGAAUAUAAACAUCUUGCUCACAGGAUGGGUUCUGAGCAUCUUGGGAAAGUCCUAUCCAAACAUUUGGAAGCUGUUAUCAAAUCACGAAUUCCAGGCCUUCAGUCUCUAAUCAAUAAAACUAUUAUUGAGCUGGAAUCGGAGUUGAGUCGUCUGGGAAAGCCCAUUGCAACUGAUGCUGGAGGAAAGUUGUAUAUGAUCAUGGAAAUCUGCCGUAUAUUUGAUGGAAUAUUCAAAGAGCAUCUUGAUGGAGUUCGACCAGGUGGUGAUAAAGUAUACAAUGUCUUUGAUAACCAACUGCCUGCUGCAUUGAAGCGCUUGCAGUUUGACAAGCAUCUUGCAAUGGAAAAUGUACGGAAAUUAAUUACUGAAGCUGAUGGAUAUCAGCCUCAUCUGAUAGCACCCGAACAGGGUUAUCGUCGUCUCAUCGAAACUGCCUUGAUUACCAUCAAAGGUCCUGCUCGGUAUGCUCUUGAUCAGGUUCAUGCAAUUCUGAAGGAACUAGUUCAUAAGUCAAUUAGUGAGACAGUGGAGCUCAAGCAGUACCCCUCACUCAGAGUGGAGGUUGGUAAUGCUGCUGUUGAGUCAUUAGAUAGGAUGAAGGAAGAAAGCAAGAAAGCAACUCUACAGCUUGUAGAAAUGGAAUGUAGUUACUUGACAGUAGAUUUCUUCCGGAAGCUUCCUCAAGAUGUCGAGAAGGGUGGCAAUCCGACUCAUUCAAUUUUUGACAGAUACAAUGAUUCAUAUCUUAGGAGAAUCGGAACCACUGUCCUGUCUUAUGUCAACAUGGUAUGUGCAAGUCUGAGGAACUCCAUUCCAAAGUCUAUUGUCUACUGUCAAGUACGUGAGGCAAAGCGCAGCUUGCUUGACCAUUUCUUUACUGACUUGGGUAAAAAAGAGGGCAAACAGUUGGGUAAGCUGUUGGAUGAGGAUCCAGCAAUUAUGCAGCGGCGCGUCUCUCUUGCAAAGAGAUUGGAGUUGUACAGAGCUGCUCAAGCCGAGAUUGAUUCAGUAGCUUGGUCCAAGUAGAGAUUUGAUGUCUCUUGUACUUCACAUGUACUUUUUUUCUUACUUCCCCUGUUUUUUUCCUAUAGGGCGGAUGGUUCGGUUAUACGAGAGCUUUAAUUCUUGGUGUGAUGCUAUUCUUUGUACACUAAUGAAAAGGUUGGGCUAUAUAAGCUUUUGCCUUGUUUAUGCCUGGACAUUUUUGGUAGAUGUAGCUACUGUGCAUCUUUUACCUUCUCAAUGGGACUGUCCGAAGUUGCUUUUAAUGUCAUCUUUCGCUGGCACAACUA